UCACGCCAUCUAUAUAUACAUAUAAACCUAGAGUGAAAGAAUGACAUCACUUGGUGAGGAAGGAGAACAUGGUGGCAAUGGAGAUUCAACUCCAUGCUUGCCUAUAACUCUAAAGUUCAAGGACAUAAGUGUUCAUGUGAAGCGUGGUGCCGGAGGCGGCGGUGGCGGUGGCGGUGGCAGUGGCGGUUUCAGACGUUUACUCGGCCAGAAGCCGGCGAGGAAUGUGGAACAAGAGGAAAGAACCAUAUUGAAUGGGAUCACAGGCAUGGUGUCACCUGGUGAGAUGAUGGCGAUACUUGGACCUUCAGGGAGUGGAAAGUCAACGUUGCUUAGUGUUUUGGCGGGAAGGCUUCAUGGUCGGCAUGGUGGCACCGUUCUGGUCAACGGGAAGGAGAUGACCAAGUCAGUGACUAGGCGAACGGGGUUUGUAACUCAAGACGACGUGCUUUACCCGCACUUGACCGUUCGUGAGACGCUGGUGUUCUGCGCGCUGUUGAGGUUGCCACGCACGGUGGCGCGCGCCGAGAAGGUGCGCGCUGCCGAGGCCGUCAUGGUGGAGCUUGGUCUUGAUAAGUGCGCUGACACAGUGAUUGGCAACGCGUUUGUCCGGGGAGUCUCCGGCGGGGAGAGGAAGAGGGUGAGCAUUGGCCAUGAGAUGCUGACACGGCCGAGCAUGUUGUUGCUUGAUGAGCCUACAUCCGGGUUAGACGCCACGGCGGCGUACCGCCUUGUCGCCAUGCUUGGAGGACUUGCUCGGCGAGGGAGAACGGUGGCCGCUUCUGUGCACCAACCGUCGAGUCGAGUGUUUCAGCUAUUCGAUAACGUGCUUCUGCUCAGCGAAGGUUCGUGUUUGUAUUUCGGUCGUGCUAAAGACGCCGUUGGUUAUUUCGAGUCCAUUGGUUAUGCUCCGAAGUUUUUGGUUAAUCCAGCGGACUUCAUGCUUGAUCUUGCUAAUGGGAUUGCUCAAGUUGAUUACCAAGGUGACGCUGAAAAGUCCAAUGUGAAGCAAGCUCUGGUGUCGUCCUACAACCGAAUUGUGGCUCCGAAUGUUAGAAAAUUGAUUGAAGAUGAAGAACAUGGACAUGCUGUGCAUACAGUGAACCAGAGAGGGAUGGAGAAGGAAUUUAAAAACUAUGCUAGCAUUGGCUGGUUCAGUCAGUUCAUGAUUCUACUUCACCGAAGCCUAAAAGAAAGGCGAUACGAAUCUUUUAAUUCGCUGAGAGUGUUUCAAGUUCUUGCGGCAGCAUUGCUUGCAGGAUCGAUGUGGUGGAGAUCGAACAUUCAUAAUGUGCAUGAUAGAUUAGGCCUACUCUUCUUCAUGUCGAUCUUUUGGGGCGUAUUUCCAUCCUUCAAUGCCGUCUUUGUGUUCCCCCAAGAUCGAGCAAUCUUUAUGAAGGAGCGGCGUUCUGGCAUGUACACAUUGUCUCCUUAUUUCAUGGCUCGAUUGGCCGGAGAUUUACCGAUGGAGUUGCUCCUCCCUACUGUGUUUACCAUAGUAGCAUACUGGAUGACAGGGCUCAGGCCAGACUUGGAAGCAUUUGUGCUCACUCUGAUUGUGAUUCUAGGCUAUGUACUUGUUGCACAAGGUCUCGGUCUUGCUCUUGGGGCCAUAAUCAUGGAUGCGAAGCAGGCAUCGACGAUGAUUACUGUUAUAAUGCUCGCAUUUCUUCUCACCGGCGGCUUUUACGUGCUGAAUGUGCCUUUCUGCAUGGCAUGGUUGAAGUAUGUUUCUUACACCUUCUAUUGUUACAGGCUGCUUGUUGGAGUUCAGUAUAGUGGCAUGGAAACAGAGCACUUAGAUCAAAUUCACAAAGGCCGGGGAUCGGUUGAACAGGAAUUGGAGGGACCAGUGAGUGAGUCUAUUUGCAUUAUUGUUAUGGUCUCCAUGUUCAUCGGUUACAGGUUGAUGGCUUAUGCUGCUCUUCGGCGAGUCAAGGUCUGAAAGACACAGAGUUUGAGCUGUAAAGAGGUACUGGUGCAAAGGCCUUCAUCAAAGGAUGAUACUGAGGGGCCUGAUUGCAGCUAUCCACUUGACCAUAUCAAAGAAGCAUAAUUGCAGAUCAUGUAUGCAGAAAAAAGGAAGAGAAAAUAGAAAAGCAUCAUCCUUAAGUUUUGUAUUUUAAUCGUCAAUCUUCUCACUAUUUAGCGCAACAAGAAAUUUCUGUUCUAUGUUUAAUCGCUUUGGAUGUUAAACAUAGAGCAUGAAUUGCAAUAGAUUUCUUUCUUAAUUUAGAGAAAU